CCUUGCGCUUCUUUCCUUUGGUAUCUUCGACAGCCAUUGUGAUUUCGUGUAAUGGCGUGGGGUCUGUGUGGUCGCGAAUGUUGUUACGCGCAAAAGUUCGGAGGAGAGCUCAGACGCGGGAACAUUUUUCGUGGCAGUCGCGCUAACUGACACUUGCCAAGAUAGUCCCCAGCCUUCACCAUUAACCUACAACCCCAGAUACUCACCCUACAUCAAGCGAAAUACUUGAAAUCGAAAACAACUAAACAGCCUCACAGCAGUCUACCAGACAAUCAACUCAACUCACUCUGUACACCACGGAAAACCCAAAUUUCAACAUGGCGCCCACUGUAGACAUGAGCGACAAGAACGCGUGGGAUGAUUCUCUGCUGAUCGAUUCCUGGGAGGAGGCGGUGAAUGAGUACAAGAAAUACCACAGUAUCCACCAAUCAGGCAAGAAACUUGAAGACGUCCUGACGGAGGAAGAGCUAAAGGAAGUACGGGGGGACUACGGAGACCUAAUGGAUGAGGCAGAGGUCGUAUCGGCAACAGCAGAGACCAACGGUGUCGCGGAUCAUGAAGAUGUAGAUAUGCCGCUGUCAGAAACCAAUGGCGUUGCUCAAAGCGGUCCGUCGCCGCAGCAGGAACCAGAUCUCUCCGGGCAGCAAGAACCGCAGAUCCAAUCGCCAAGUGCUGCGGCUCCCCCAGUGCCACAUGCUGCCGGCACUCUAACAGAUGCCAUGCCGCAGGCUAUCCUUGGAACAGUGCAAGACGAGAAUAUGAAGAACAUUAUGAUGUCCUGGUACUAUGCCGGUUACUACACUGGUUUGCAUGCUGGCCAGCAGCAGGCUCGCAAAGAGCCCCCAGCGACACAGUAGCGGAUCCAGAGAAUGACGCAUUUUUGGAGGCAGUGCGCAUCACACUGUGGCUGCCGAGCGAGUUUAGAAGACGAAGCAGACAUAUUG